UAUGUAGACUUGACCUUCCACAUCACCAGCAACCUUUUGAAAUGUUCUCUUGGGGGUAACCACUCUUUACUGGAAGUGUUUGUGGUAACUCCAUUCUCAACAGGAGAACAAGUUCAUAUCACAUGGAACCACACGGGACUGCAGGUGCUGGAACUAUGAGCGAAACAGUUCGACAGGAUGACUAGACACGAUUGGAGAUAUUGUGGCAGAUGAUGCAAGGCUUUCAAGAUUCUGUUAAAAUAGAUAGGAGAUAUCAGCAGAAAUGUUCAGGGAAGGUAUUUCAGCAUUUGAGCAACUCAAAACAAAUGAAUUAAAAUAGAGGAUGAUUAAGAGUCCACAAUUUGGGGAUAAGAAUUUUAAAAUUGAGGUGCUGUUAGAUCAGGGGCCAGUAAGAUGGAGUUGAAGGGUUGUUGAGGCAUGUAAGAGCUAUGUGUAUGUAUGAAUAUUGGCUCCUCUAAUUUCAAGCUGUUCUCUGUCCUUCCCCCUUCCCAGUACUGCGAACAGUUUGACUGUCCCCGAUUACAUUUUAUCUCUGUUUGCUUUGUUGUCACCUUUUACGAGCUAACAAUGAUCUAUUCUACAUUUUUCUUGAUCUCCAUCUCUUUUGUGUCUUGCUUUCGCACACUUUACCCUUCCUUAUCUCUGUAUCUCACUCUCCCCUGACUCCCAGUCUGAAGAAGGGUCUCGACCCCAAACGUCACCCAUUCGUUCUCUCCAGAGAUGCUGCAUGUCCCGCUGAGUUACUCCAGCAUUUUCUGCCCAUGUAAAACUAUGACGGGGAUAAUAAAAUGUAAUACAAAGUGGCUUCUAGUUUGUUUUAUCAGUGGCAGUUAAUUCCUUUGUUUGGCAUCCCAUUACAAUUAUGAUGAUGCAGAGAGAAUUGUGCUAAUAAACCUGGUAUUUUAAAUGCUUUUAUCACUUAAUUCAUUUUAUAUUGAACAGUUGAUUUAAUCCCAAUAAUCAGUGUGUCAAAUUGGGAAAUAUUGGCAUUUACCCUUGGGUUUUCAUCCAAAUUAACAUUUGUGUUGCAUCGACUGUCUUCAUUUCUGUGAAAGCAGUCCUUAUGAAUAUUAGCAUCAACCAAAUUGUUGAAUAUAGACCCCUUUCAAAUUAAUAUAACUUUGAAAUAACUUCAGCGACUGGUUCAGCGAGUGGACUUCAUUCUUUGCCGAGUUUUGUGGUAAUUACAGAUUUUUUUGUGCACUUUUAUGUGUGGGAGAGGUUUGAGAUAAUUACAGAAUUUUGUCUGUGUGUAUAUAUGUGAGAGGGAAGGAGAGGGAGGGAUCCAGACCCAACAAUGUGCCAGAUACAAUAGCGUUGCUUAAGAGGCUUUUAGAUAGGAACAUGAAUAUAAAGGGAAUGGAGGGGUAUGGAUCAUAUACAGGCACAUGAGAUUGUUCCACACAGACAUUCGGGCUAAAAGACCUGUUCCUGGAUUGAAAUGUUCCAGGUUAUGAGCUGUGCACCUGGCAAGCUUUGAAAGUUAAACAUGAUUCUACUGUUAUUAGUGCUCCAAGAUUAAAACCUGUCGCUUCAACUCAUUGAAUGCGUGGAGAAAACAUUCAUAUUAUACUCAUUGCUAUGUCAAGGAUAUAUAUAUAAAACAUUAUCUUAAACGUGUAAAUUACUUGUUGGUACACGAUUGAACCACUGUACUUAGAUUAAUACAGAUCAGUUGAUUAAAAUAUUUGCAAUCUCUUGAUAGCUGCUCUUCAAAAAGCGUACUUGGCAGCUGGUUAUUGGCUGAUUAUGCAGUGAUUGUCACAAGUCUGUUUCCUUUGCCAAAUAGGCGGCAGACAGCACCAGAGCAUUUCCAUUUGUUAUUGCCUCAGCAGCAGUGCACACUGGAUGUAGGUUGCGUCCCUUAAAGUUUCCUCUGAACUGGUGUUUAUAUCUGACUUUCAAUUGUGGAAUUAAUGAUGGACCAUGUCAGUAAAGAACAAUGAUGGCCUUUUACCUUUUAUUGGAGGAGAUAAAAGCCGGCGAGGAUCAUGAUGGCCAAUAAAAGAAAUCUUGAAUGCAUGGAUUCUGUCAUUUGUAGCAAGAUGCCUCGACUGGAAAACAAACCCAGUGAAUUAUCAGUAGAGAUUUCUAAACCAACCCCGUUUCCCACUUAUGCACAAGAAAACUCCCUUAAAUACACUGGAUCUUAUUUAGCAUAUCAUCUUAGAAACCGAGAUGGAACCGACAACUCGGGAAUCUGGAGUCCGUCGCGAGCCUAUUUACAAAGCAUGAGUAAUCUCUCUGCCCAGUCGCGAGCUACUGAUGAUGCUCAUCUUGGCAACCGUUUGUAUCGGACUGAACCCGAAGUUCCAUCCCCAACGUAUCAGCGAUCUGCAAAUGAGAAAGAUAAACUUGAUUUGGUCAAGGACCUGAUGAACGUUCGGUCAAAGUGGGUCACUUUUGUUGAACGACAAAAGAACUUGAGGAAUGCUCAGACCCCCUCGGGUAUACACUGCCCAUCUCCCGCUGGGAAACAUACCUUAAUGGCUUCUACAUUACCUACGGUCCAUAACUGCGGAAAUGUAGCAUUUCCGCAACCUGUAUAUAGAGGUAGCAUUUGCUGCUCCGGGUCUGGUUGCCCUUUGGAAAAUUCAGCAGAUCAUUUUCACCGACGAACACGGGAAACUGAAUGGAGAAUGACAACUCCGGUUACUUCAAGCUGUUUAAUUGCAAAUAAUGAUCAAUUGAUGCAUACUCAGCAGUAUGGUAAUCCUCUUUUGAAAAAUAAAUCAUUGCCUCAUGGGCAUAGCAAUGCACAGCCUAGUUCGACAGACAGAAUCUCCAAAGAAACUGGAAGCCUAGCCGGACUACAGUCACCCCUGUGCCAAGGAUAUGGUGCAUACAGUAGGAAUGUUCUUCAAGAUCCCAGAUAUUCUAUGCUACAAUACGGAACCAUGCCAAGCCAGGCAUCUAUACACAGCCUCCAUAACUUCCAAAAACCUCCUUUGCACCCAUAUUCAACAAGCGAACGGCAACAGCUGCAGCCACCGUUCUACUGUGAGAAGUUGUCACCUCCAAAGUAUCCAAUGCCAAUUCAGCCAAAAGUUGUUCACUCUCAAAACACUAUUUUAAAUCAGCAAAAUGCAGGUCCCUACUCGUUGCUGCAUCCACAUGGCUAUAGAGCACAGACAAGUGGUUGCCCAUACCCCUCAAUUCAAGGCACAGGUGGGCGGAUACCUGUAACCACUUCAACGUUUGUAGGUCAGAUAUGCUCAGGAAACCUUUAUCAACAGCAUUCUGAGUAUCCAGUUCAUUCCCCUCCAGUGCCGAAAGGCAUCCCCCUGAAAGGUCCUUUGAUUCAACCGGGCUUGGAAUCCGGGACACAACCGAGACAGCUGGACUUACAUAGCCCCUCUCGAAAAAGUGCUCCCCCAUCUCACCACGAUCCAGCAAAUGGAAAACUGCCUUCAUCGGAUAUCCUGCUCUUCAGGCCGCGUGUUAUUGUUGAGGCACAAACAGACAAACGAUGUUACGAUUCAUUAAACUCUCUUCCCAAUAAGGACUAUAUUGGCCAGCAUCAGCUGAUCAGCAAGCACAGUGCCUUUCAACCAGUACUCUCUGGAAAACAUUUGAAGGGGGCAUUCGAGAGACCAGCUGCAGUCUCCCCUGCAGAUCAAAGACCAAAGGACAUUUAUAUGCAUGAACGGCACCCAAGCAUUGAUGGUUCACCUAUUAGUAAUCGUGGUAUUUCAACUUUCAGUAAAGAGAAUGAAAUUGUUAAUAACAAGCUGGUGGACUCUGGACAGGGUGACUCUCCAAAGAGUUACAAUAUUAGUCCAAACAGAAGAAUAUUGGAGCUUAAUUUCCAAUCUCCCACUUCUUCAAGGGAAGAAAAGCAGCAAAAUACCGCAGAAUGUGAAAUGAAGAGGAAACCAGAGGUUGAAGCACAAUCUGAUAACAAUGUGCAAACAGUCAUUAAAACCCCAGUCAUCAGCAGUGCAGUUACCCAUAGUGCCCUCACAUUGGAACUGAAUAAAUAUAAAAUACUGAGACCAGUGGAAGGACCCAAUCCUACUCUUCCAGACUCUAUUGAUGCUACAAAAUUGAGUUUACUUGGAUCGAUUGAUCCAUUGAAAUUAUUUCUGAGACCUCUGAAGCUAAUCAUGCCCAAUGAGCCCAAAUUGGCACCGAGUCCUGUUCCAGAAGUUAGGAGGUCUCCUUGUGAAAUCCAACCCAGUGUACCCAGUAAUGGGGUAUUAAUGCCGAAUGAGAAUGACAGUUACGAUCACUUUCUGAUUUGA